CUGGGUGCCAGAGCCUCUCGGUAGGCUGGGACUGUGACGUGUUCGCUUUGCGAGCUCUCAGCAGUUCCGACUUCAGCAGGACAAGACAGAAACAGAAUGUCAGAAGGGGAUAGUGUUGGAGAUUCAGUUCAUGGCAAACCUUCUGUGGUAUAUCAGUUCUUUUCAAGGAUUGGGCAGAUUUAUCAGUCCUGGCUAGACAAAUCCACACCAUACACUGCAGUACGAUGGGCGGUGACUCUGGGUCUAAGCUUCCUCUACAUGAUUAGGGUAUAUAUACUACAGGGAUGGUACAUAGUAACGUAUGCGUUGGGUAUCUACCAUCUAAAUCUCUUCAUAGCAUUCUUGUCUCCAAAGGUAGACCCCUCCUUAAUGGAAGACUCAGAUGAAGGUCCAUCAUUACCCACUAAACAAAACGAAGAGUUUCGUCCUUUUAUCAGAAGGUUGCCAGAGUUUAAAUUCUGGCAUUCUGCAACGAAAGGAAUCAUUGUUGCAAUGGUAUGCACGUUCUUUGAAGCUUUUAAUGUUCCUGUUUUUUGGCCCAUACUUGUCAUGUAUUUUAUCAUGCUUUUCUGCAUCACUAUGAAGAGACAAAUAAAGCAUAUGGUAAAGUACAGAUAUAUACCCUUCACACACGGCAAAAGGAAGUAUAAAGGAAAAGAAGAAACCGGAAAGCCUUUCUCCAGCUAAAAGAACCUAUGCCGCCCCAUUUUUGUUGAUUUUCUUAUGUAAAAAUUAAAGAAACAAAAGAAAAAAAAAAAAGUUAUUUUGAGCCCGUGUAACAAUACCUUUUUAUCCACAUCCAUACAGGCAAAGGUGAUUUUAAAAGCUGAAAGUGCAGUUUUCUAUUUUAUUUCCUCACUUACAGUCCGAAUGACCACGAUAAAAUUGUUUCAUAUUUCUGCCACAUUUUUAUUUUACUUAUUAUUAUUAUAUAUUUUUUUUUUUUACUUGAAUGCACUGUAUUCAUGUGGUUACAUUUUCCCAAUGGUCCAAGUCGCAGAAAAAAAAAAAAUGAUUUGCUGGUAACCAGAUUUCAUUCAUUUCUUUCCAUUGUAGCUACAUGAAAAUUUCCUUAGAUUGUUAAUGAUAAAUUGACCUUUAUUAAACUGGUAUAUUUGUUCAUUUGUUACCUUAUACAGUUUCUCAAGCAAAAACGGAGCAUUUUCUCCAAAAAUGUUAUGAAUUAUAUUGUAAAAUACUUUCUUGACACAUCAUAGAAAAAAAAAAAAAAAGUGAAUUAUUUGCUGCACUUUCUACAGUGUGAUGCGUUUUAUGUUUCAUCUAAAUUAACACAUCUAUUUUGGUUAAUAAACUGUUAAUCCUCAAGCAUGCUAUCACACUUUAUAAACUCAAAAUAAAAUGAAUAAAGUAGAUUAUAAUGAUAAUAUUAGUAUAAAAGUUGUUACAAAUACCUUACGGCAGCUUCUGGGCUUUUGAUCGGGUGAUUCAUUUAUGUUCAAUAUUAAUUUAUUAUAACACACAGAUUUUAUUAUAUUGAAAUAAAUUUUGGUUUUGUGAAUCAUAUAGUUGAGAUUUAAAA